AUGGCGGAUAGAGAGACCUCCCGACGGCAAAUCGACGGUAGGCACCCUUCCAGUCUUGUGGACGCCCUCGCUGAUCCGACAGACGUGCAAUCGCAAGACUUUCAAUCGGAUAAAACCAUCCAGAAUCCUCAAGAGAAUGUACGGCCUACCCUCGGCGAGCAACAGUUCUCCGUAGCCGGCCACCCAGGCCGUGCGCAACCCCAAGGGGGCGGUUAUGUCCAUCCCGACUACGUCCACUACAAUCCGCAAUAUGGCCAGGAAUCGAAUGCCCCCGUGUGGAGUCUGGCGCAGCCUCUGCCGCGCGUCGUCCGCCGGGGAAUGACGAACGGCCAGCCCAGCAAUCCCGAAUCUAAACCUGAUUACAACACCGACACCGACACCGAGGAGAAAACAAAAGGCACGCAGGACUCACCCAACGCGCACAAAGACCAGAUCCCCGCGUCUGAGGAACCACCGACCCAAAACCCGAUCCGCAGCGACAAGCACAAGCCCCGCAACGAGGAUCCAGAAGCCAAAGUCGCGCGCCCCGACGACGAGGGCUUCUUCAACCGCUGGGGCCGCAUCCGGUUCGUCAUCCGCGAGCCGCUGGCCGAGUGGCUGGGCACGACCAUAGCCAUGACGCUGGGUCUCUGUGCGGGCUUCUCGACGUACGCGUCGCAGAACCAGGCCGGCUCAUUUGCGUCGCUGGCACCCGCGUGGGGGUUCGCCUUCAUGAUCGCCAUCUACAUGGCCGGUGGUAUCUCCGGUGGCCAUCUCAACCCGGCCAUCACGAUCAGCAUGUCCGUGUGGCGGGGUUUCCCCGCGAAGAAGUGCGUGGUGUACGUGCUGGCGCAGAUCGUCGGUGCCAUCACGGCCGGUGGGUUGGCGUAUGCGCUGUACCACGACACGAUUGUCAACACCGCGGCGGUGAAGGGCGUGUCGCAGGCGGACUCGCCUGCGCGACAGGCCAUGAUCACCACGCCAAAAGACUUUGUCCACCCUGUGACGGCGUUUUUCAAUGAGUUUGUCGGCACGGCCGUGCUGGUCGCCACGAUCAUGGCGCUGGGCGAUGACACCAAUGCGCCACCGGGCGCCGGUAUGCAGGCGUUUAUCGUGGGAAUUGUCAUUAGUGUGCUGGUGUUGUCGCUGGGCUACAAUACGGGCGGAUGCUUCAACGGGGCCCGCGACUUUGGUCCCCGGCUGGUGGCCGUCAUGGCCGGCUGGGGCGGGCAUCUCUUCCGCGAGCAGCACGCCUGGUGGAUCUGGGGCCCGUGGGCAGCCGACAUCGCCGGUGGCCUAUGUGGUGGGUUCCUCUAUGACCUGGUCAUCUUCACUGGCGGCGAGAGCCCGAUCAACUACCCACGGCGCCGGCGCAAGCGCGCCUGGCUGAUCAAGCAGAAGAACCUGCGGAGCCGGCUGCAUCUGGGCCGACGCAAGAUCGGCGAUAUCGAACGCGCGGUGCACGAGGUGGAGCAAUAG